ACUACGAUUACAGAAAAAACGUAAACAUUAUAUUUUAUGCGAUUCCAAUAAAGUAAUUGCAGUUAUGCCAACUAACGUCAACCAAUCGCUUGUAAAAGUGUUCGCCUGCUAAGAUGAAUAGCCACGGCGCCAGCAAAGUUGUUGCUACUCUCCGGGCAGAUGGCCAUGUCUACCCCAUGGAAAACUCCAACUUGAUGCACUACGAGAUUCGCACUGAAGGAGAAGUUCAGCAAAAGAAGGGCAACCUUCUUCCCGCCACAUGCGUGGACCUGGGCAAGCAGCUGCUGCAGUGCGCCAGGGACAGUGAUGUAUCUGGUGUCAAGACUGCGUUGGCACAUGGAGCGCCCUUUGCGUCCGACUGGCUCGGUAUGUCGGCGCUGCAUUUCGCCGCCAUGAACAACCAGCUAGAGAUUUGCGAGAUCCUGCUCCAGGGAGGCAUCAACAUGGACGCCAAGACCAAGGUGGACCGGACCCCCCUACACCUAGCCUGCUACUACGGACACGAGCGGGUGGUCAGCCUGCUGCUAGCUCUCAAGUGCAGCGUCAACUCCCGCGAUAUGCUUCGCAUGACCCCGCUCCAUUGGGCCGUCGAGAAGGGGCACAAGGGCAUUGUGCGCCUGUUGCUUAAGUGUCAGGCAGAUGUCGCCUUGGUUUCCAAGUUUGGCAAGACACCGAUCGGACUGGCCGUUUACACAGAACAGGCAGAUGUGCUGGCAGAACUCGAAGCGGCGCGACAGGCGCAGGCUAGUAAAAAGUUCAACGAGGAAACGGAGCGACUAACGCAUAAGAGUAAAAAAGAAACCAGCGAGGCCGUGAACUCAAUAAUGGAUGAGCCAGAAGUUGCUAAAAACCUUAAUGACCGAGAAAUGUCAGUUGAAGAACGAAUGGAUGUCCUGGAAAACCUGCGAGGGCAUACCAAUGUGCUGGGUAACUCUGCGCUUAACAUGCUGAAGUCGCACGGAAUAGCAGACAUGGUGCAGGAAAACGAUGACGAGGCCUCGAAAGAAAUGCUAAACACGGCGUUGCAAAAUGGGCGCCAACUUGUCCUCUCCGAAGGUGGACGUAUGCUACUGCACGAAACAAAAGCGGGCAUUAACGGCAGGCAAUCAGUAAACGGCAAUGUCAGGCCCCCAGUCGUGGCUCUCCGCCCGAAUGUCAAUAACUCUCCUCCCCAGAAGAUUCGCAUGAAUGUCAUCAAGCAAAAAGAUCUUCCGUCUCCGGCGGGGGUUACCAAGAACAAGAAUAUACGCAUAAUCUCGUUGACUGAUUUCAAGAAGCUCUGCGGAUCGGACAGUCAAGCAAAAGCCCUACAAAAAAUACCCGCAUCGUUGGCAAGCUCUGGAAUGGUACGUCAGCUACCCGAUGGCACCAAGCUAGUCAACAUGCGCCAGCUGCAGGCAAGACAGUUAAAGCUUCCUUCCCUGCAAAGGCCCCUGGAGCCCACCACCAUAUUAGAAGAGUCACACGGACCCAGCGAACCCGUGGCUCAAUCUACACUGCCAGCGAAUAAUCCUGCGUCCGGCAGUUCACUCAGAGGGCAGGUGGGCACCGUGCAGACAAUACAGCUGCGGCCCUCGCAUUCGGCAGGAUCUGGACAAGUGCCAACGAACAACGGGCUGACACCCAGCAAACCAUUUGUUAGUGCGACAAAGCUGCCAUCGGCAAAAUCUCCAAACGUGAUGCCACUCCUAACGUCUUCCGAGAUUUGUCGUCAACUGCACGAGCUGCGGCGCCAAAACGAAGAACUGCGUCGGCGGGCAGACUCCUUUCAGCGGGAAAAGGAGGAGAUGCUGAGGCGCAUCGACCGACUGGAGCAGAUGGUGCUAGUUCGAGAGUCGGAGGCAGAUAUUGAUUUUGGGGACGACGGUUAACUAGAUCUAAGAUAGGAUUAUUGUAAAUACGUUAAGGUAGGUGUAAGAAAAAGUUAUUCAUAUACCGUUAAGUGCAUUUGUUAAUCCGCUCAGUAAGCGGAGGAUUUCAUAACAAUAUCAGAACCGUAUUAACUUAAAUGUUAAAAAUAAGUGCAACAGGUUUCGACAUUUAGUAAUCUACCUUAAAAUGCAUUUUUAGUCGA